CACCUUGACGGCGAAGAUCAAAGGUAUUUCCACGCUGUCCAUCUCUCUUGCAUGCUGGUCACAACGGGCUGACAGUUCUGCCAGACAUGGAACUCGAAGAGCAAGGACUCCGUCGAAAAUGUGAAGACCUCCGCCGUACACUGGCCGAAAAGAGCAAGAAGUUGGAGCAGGCUCAGGAGCUCUACAACAAACUUAAGCAAAAGGUGUUGCUAAGCCAGCCAGCCAACGAUCCGGCUGAUGUCAUGGGCUCGAGGAUAGGCCCAGAGACGAAUCGGUAUGACCUUCAAGGACAGAAUUCUGGUGGGAUCGGAUCGAGAACCAACUACUUCCCCGAUGACUCAAGGUCAUCGAGAAGGCAUUCGGGUUCAGAAAGCUUGGACAAUUGGAACAAGCCCAUGGACCCCCAAUUUCCUAUACCCGGAACCCCAGCUAGCCACAUGUCGAUGGGUGAGCCAGGCUCUCGUUUCUCAUCCAUGCGAGACUCUCUCAGUAACACUUUGCCGGCAAUCCCUCGCUCGGGUCGUUAUACCCAAUCCAGCAGAGCGAACAACCAUGCAACGGGUAGCAAUAUUGGGCGAACAACGUCGACAUCACUCGCUUCUGCUGAACUGAGAAGCAGUCGGCGACAUGAUGAUCCCGUUGUUCCCAGGACAUCUACGAUACGAAGAGUAGGAGACCCGAUACCCAGAACCAGCUCCCAUUCGUUUGACUCACUCCCCAGUUUCAUCAAUCGGUAACUCGGUCGAAGGCAACUAAGUGAGGUAGAUUUCUGAGAAGGAAGGAUGGAGCCAUGCAUUGCUGCAUGUCUCAUGUCAUCUAGUGUAAAUAGACCAUAUGUCAUGCAGUCUAGAGUUCUGCCUAGAACGGAGUACGGGAUGUCAGCAACUUCGGUUUGCCAAAAGAGUGGAUGGACAAAUUCGAUACCAUAUCCAACAAAUACAACGACUCAGCAACUAAGACUGCGUUUGUUCUGGUGCGGUUUGCGUAUAAAGGGCCUCAUACGACAAGUUUUGCACUCAAGAAG